AUGAGCGGUCGCGAGGUCAGCCCGGCCGAGAGGUUCGAGGACGAGAAGCGGAGGAUUAUCGACAGCUGUUUCACCAAGCGGGAUGAGGAUGGUGCUUACCUCGAGACGUACAUAACCCACAUCAAAAUCACAGAAUACCAGAACUCGCCGACCGCCCCGCCACCCCCCUCUGCCCGAACCCCCCAGUACGAAAAGCCCCGGGUGAUCAUCGUCGCGGUGCGCCAGUCCGGCCGCGUGCGCAUCCACAAGUCGAAGCAGAACACCAACGGCACCUUCUCCAUCGGCAAGUCGUGGUUCCUCGACGACCUGACCGCGAUCGAGUCUUUCACCAGCCCCACGGCCGACGCUAACAGCGCGCAAUGGGCCGGGAACGUGGGGUUUGUGGUGACUCUGGGGAAGCCGUACUACUGGCAGGCGCAGUCGGAUAAAGAGAAGAAGUUUUUCAUCGCGAGCAUCCUCAAGAUCUACAACAAGUACACCGGAGGGCGCUCGCCGACGCUGACGGGGUUUGAGCAGACGGAGCUGGAGCAGGUUCUGGGAGGGGCUCAGGUGCAGCAGCGACGACAGGAUAGACCACCACCGCCGAGAGCGGGCGGGCCGUUACUCGAGCCGACGGCCAAGUCCUCCAACGCCUCGCUGGCCUCUGGGUACAACACCCCGCUGAACGCCCAGGGUACACCGUCGCUGCAAGGAACCCCUCCGUCACUAGCACCCGGGUUUCAAGAACGCAAACCGUCGCGUAGCCCGCUGGUACCAGCGAACGGGGCCGCAACGACGGGAGGAGCGUCUUCCCCCGCGCAGAGCAUCGACUCAGGCCGGCCGUCGCAGGACCACCAGUCGUUGCGUCGACUGGCGUCGGGGAACAAGAGCCAGGACUCAGUGGCCGCGUCGUCGAUUGCUGCGAGGAGCGAGGAUGCGAUUAGUUUACGACCGAGCACGCGCAAUGGCGGCGGCCCGGUGAAUGGGUCGGCAUCGUAUGGGAACCUCGAGGCAUCGCCCGGUCCGGCUUCGUCAGCGCUGUCGGCUGCGUCGUCGGUCACGCCAGCCGACGAGAAGAACCCGCCGCCCGAGCGGAAACGGCCCCCGAUGGAUCCCAUGCGUCCGUUGCAGGUGGACAAGAAUUUGAUUCCCGCGCCGCUGAUGAGUCCUGGCAUGCGCCGGGAACCGAUGGUGCCGCCGCGGAAUGUGGAGAGGAUGGCGUCAUCAAGGAAAGGGUCGUUUAGUAGUAGUCGCGGAGGUGCACCUCCGUCGAGGGAUGGGCCACCGCCUUCGAGAGAUGGACCUCCCCCCUCUAGGGACGGACUGCCGCCGUCGAGAGACGGGUUAGUCGCCUCGGCGACGCCGAAGAACCCCGCCCGGUCGGCUAGUCCCGCAGCGGCGUCAAUACCACCUUCGCUUCCCCCGACUUCGGCUAUUCCCCCGAUUCCCGUACCAACUCCACCAACCGAUAACACCCCGCCCCGACCCCCCUCAGAACCACAAGAGGAGACAACAAAACCCGGGCUGUCAGCGAUGAUGAAGAAGAAAUCCAAGGGAGAAAUCGCAGGUGCCUUUUGGAAGGCAGCCAACGCGGCCAGUGCGUUCAAGCCCCGACCGGGCGGUGCAGCCGAACGUCUGCGGCAGAAACAGAACGAGGUGGCGAGCGAAGGGCCGGAUGGGAUCACCAGCGUUAUCCCGGCGCCGCCCAAGCCGGUGCAGAAACCCCCGACUGCGCCUGAGCCUGUGACGCCUGUGGAACCGCCGCCUAGAGCGGCGGAUAGGGGGAUUCCGGAGGUGAAGAUCACUGAGUCUGGGCCUACGUCCGCUGCGGGUGCGGGUGGACUGAACGGGAGUAAACCGUCAAUUCAAGAUCUGAAAAAGCAGAAUAAAAAGGACGAGCUAGACGCCGACGGUGACGGCCCCGACGGUGGUGCCCCCCGCCGCUCCAUCAUAACCGGCAACGACAUGAAGUACCUCGCGACCCUCGGUAUCGACGCCUCGUCCCUACUCGACAGCCAAACCAACGAAUUCGCCAAGUGGCUGGACUAUUUCGGGUGGGUGCCCGGCGAAGCGAUGCGUGGACGGCACUUUGAUGAGAUGAGGGUUGAUCUGGACCGGGAACUGAGUAAAGCGCAGGCGGGCGGGUGGUUGGCGCGGUUUCAGGAGGAGGAUGAGAGGGUGGAGGCGAUUAAGAGGGGGAUUGAUGUCGCGGUGGAGGAGUGUGAGGAGUUGGAUAAUUUGUUGACUUUGUAUAGUGUGGAGUUGUCUACCCUCGCGGACGACAUCGCCUACAUCGAAGCCCAAGGCCAAGGCCUACAAGUACAAGCCGCCAACCAGAAACUGCUGCGCAAGGAACUCGAGUCACUGCUGGAAACGUGUGCCAUCAGUGAGGCUGACCUCGGCGCGCUCAAGUCGGCGCCGCUGGAGACGGCCACGGGCGUCGAGGAGAUUGAAAUGUCGCUUGUCACGCUGUUUAAGGCGAUGACUAAGAUGGAUCCGACGCUGGGGGGCAGUGGGAAUGGGAAUGGUCUUGGGACUGGGGAAGGUGAAGGUACCGGUAACGGGACUGCGCGCAAGAGCGAGGACCACCUCGGCCUGGACAGCGACUACGGACAGAUGCGCAUCGUGCAGGAAAAGAAAGAGAUGUAUCUCGCCGAGAGCGCGCAGUUCAUGCGGCGGCUGGUCAUCUUCAUGGAGCGGCAGUUCUCCGAGGCCUUCCGGGCCACCAAGGCCGCGCUUGACGGUGCGCUGUCUAAAAAGGCCGACGCCCGCAACCACGAGCCUGGUCGCGACCUGCUGUGGAUGUAUAGUCCGCUGGUGCUGUACGCCCGCGAUGUUGACUUGGACAACUGGAAUCGGAUCUUGCAGAUCUACCAGGACAAGUGUCAUCCGAUUUAUAAGACUGAGUUCAAGGACGCCACGGAGGCAUGGAAGCGCGGGGUACGGAAGCCGGCGACCGUGGCGGAGGAGGGGGCCGAGUUGUUGUUUACUGCGCAGGCGGAGAAGAAGGAGGAGGGGCUGGCGACGACGGCGCGCAAGUUGACCGUCAAGCGCAGCCAGACGCUGGCUCGCAGUCUGCGGUCGCCUUUGGGUGAUUCCAGCAGUAGCAAUGCUACAGAGAGUAACAACAAAGCCCACGACGGCCGGCCGCUGCCGUACGAGGUGUUUGCCGGCGUGCUGGACGACCUGUUGCCGCUGGUGGAAAUGGAACAGAACUUUGUCGUCGACUUCUUCCACGCCACCACCCUCGAACAGUCCGACUUCCCGGACCUCGUCGUGGCCUCGCGUCCGCAUGAUCGCCGCGGCGGUGACCUCAAACGACACCGCCUGAUGGAACCCGACCGCGAGCUAGCCAGGCGCGUGACCAAAGCCAUGGAGUCCAUUUUCCUGUUUCUCGAAGCCAACCUGCAGCGGCUGAUGGAAUGGGCGUUGGCCAUGGAUCCGCUGCAGGGCGUGGGGGUGCUAGCGACCCUCGAACGCAAAAUGGCCGAGAUGAGCCAGUCGAACCAGGAUUUCCUGAAUAACGUGCUCGCCAAACUCCACGGCCACCUGGAGACGCGGUUCCGCAAGUUUGUCGACGACCAGGUGCGCGCCAUUGAGGAAACCAAAGUCAAGAUCAAAAAACGCAAGGGCGUCAUCCACUUCAUCCGCAUCUUCCCCAACUUCAGCGCUGCUGUCGAAAACAUGCUUGCCUCCAUCGACCCGUCUCUCCCCGUCCGCCGCAUGGUCGACCGCGAAUACGACCGUUUAUUGAAGAGUAUGUUCGACUCCCUCCGCGUCAUCGCCCGGGAAAACCCCGCCCUCGGCGGCCUCACCGCACCCACCACCACUUCCACCACCACCAGCACCAGCACCUUCAGCACCCUCACCAGCCACAUUCCCAUGGGCGCCAACAGCAGCUCCACCGACCCGGAAGACAAAGAAGCCCUCAACUUCCACAUCCUCCUCAUCGAAAACAUGAACCACUUCCUCGAAGAAACACCUAACCCCCACCGUCUCGAGGUCCUCGAUGACUGGCGGGAGACGGCCCAAAGGCAGUUGGCCGAACAUACCAGUUUGUAUCUGCAUGCUGUUAUGCGGAGGCCGCUGGGGAAACUACUUGAACACCUCGAGAAUAUCGAGGCGCAGUUGUCACAGGGCACUGCUGGGGGGAAACCGGGGAGCGCGAGUGCGAUUGCGGCGCAACCGAGUAAUUCGAAGGCGGUGUUUAAUAAAGUGCUAGGCGGGUAUGACGGACGGGAAGUGAGGAAGGGGAUUGAGGCGUUACGAAAAAGGGUGGAGAAGCAUUUUGGUGAUGAAGAGGAAGAUGCUGCUGGUCGGAAGGUCCCUGGGCUGCCUGGGUCUGGGUCAGGCGUCGGCGGCAGUGGCGCUGGAGGUAGUGGGAGUGGUGGGGGCGGGGGUAAUAGCAGUUUGGUGAACAGGAUUACGAGAGAGUGUGAAAAGUUUUAUGCUGAUGUGGAGAUGCGCGUGGGGAGGGUCACGACGGAUGUGUAUGGGGGGGAUGUUUUGUUUGAGUGGCCGAGGGCGGAGGUGAGGGCGGCUUUUGCGGGGAGGUGA